UCUUUGUCGAUUACCAUGGACGUCGAGCUGCCUCCUUCAUAUGCCCUGACAUCUCCUGCCAGUCCCGCGCCACUGUACUCUGAGCGUCCAUCCGUCUCUGAGCGCGUGCUCCAGACCGAACGCCAUCCCACAGGGCUUGCUCCUGCCGUCCAGGAACAGAAGCACAUAUACAAAACUGAUCACCUCGAGGUCCGUCUACAUCCUCCGCACUGGGGGCUGGCCCUCCCCGCAUACGGCCUCGGAGGGACGAUCGACGGCGUUAUCAACUUUUGCAAGUCAUGUUCGCACGUCGUUGAGCUAUCUGUAUCACUUCAAGGGGCGAUCAACACUUCGGCGAGCCAGCACGCUACUGUCGCCGUCCCAGGCGUCAGCAGAGUAGUGAUACUCAAAAAGAAACAGGUGGUAUUCACCGCACCCGCAAAGCAGAGCGCGACGCUCAAGGGCGAGUUCCCGUUCGCGAUACAAUUCCCGACGUAUCUCGAUGGGCAGCACGACCCCCUCCCGCCGUCGUAUACGGUCUACCAGCCCGGGAUCUCGACCGAGAUACACUACUCCUUCCGAGUCGACAUCUCUCGCAAGGGCAUGAGGCGGCACGAGAAGCUGGUCGUACCACUGCUGUACCUGCCCAAGUCCCGUCCGGAGACGCCGCCGGUGGACGAGCUGCCCUGGGCUCACACUGAUGCGGUGCUGAACUCGGAGCGCAUGUCCAAUGUCACGCUGAAGCCAACCUGGCUCCCUCGUCAGGAUCCCAACGCACACCGGCGGGAAGACUUGCCACGGAUCUCGCUCACGAUGGCCGCAACAAAAUGUUUCGCGUCUGGUGACACGAUAGCCAUUCUAUUGAAGAUCGAGAGUCCUCGCUCCCCGGCGCUAGCUAGGCUGCUGUCGCAUAAUGCCCACUUAUCGCUGGUCAAGCGGCAGAAAACGUGGAUAUCUUUAGGUGCGCAGAUCAGUAUACGCGAGCAAUGCCUCUCGCGUGCGGACCUCUACCUCGCGGAUGAGUCGCAGGAAGGCAUCGCCUACCUUCGGCUCGAGGUGCAAGCAGGUGAAUCGGGGCGGGAGACCUCGUGGCGGGUGAAAGAUGCUGUGGCGGUUGAGCAUGCCAUUCGGUUGAUCAUCCUACCGCCAGAGCAUCUCAAGGAUUUCCCCGUCUACAGACACGAGAUACCGAUCAUGCUCACUACAGACCAGUAUGGGACGCUUCAAAGCGAGUCGCUAAUCCUUGGUGGGAUCCCCUUCCCGGCGUUAGGUCUCAACGACGUCCAUCGGUAUCUACGCGCGGACAUAUAACUCGCCGUCUCCUCUUCCUCCUUAGUCUUCUUUCCACUUCUCUCCGGGAUUUCUUUCCAGUAUGGGGACAUUACGCGGAAACCGGAGGCUCGCCAUAGAUAGCUCUUCCUUCUAAUUUAUCUGCCUGACGACGCUUCAUGAUCGGCUCCUCCAUGCUACUCUCGCACAUCACGAUUCUACCCUCACACUGAGUUCCCCGUUCUCCUGGGUCUUACCACGGCUCUGCGACUCUACCAUUCCUUGACUUUUCACUGCCCUGCCCCCUUACACGAAUCUCGACUGCCACUCCGUCCGCCUCCGCUGCC